AUGUCGAUUUACGUGUCGCCGUACGGCGCGUCAGACGAUGGCGGCAUGCCGGACGAGCUUCCCCGAACCAUCAGCCUCGAGCGGUCCUUCGCUGCCCUUUACGGCUUGCAGAACAGCCAGCAGCAGCAGCAACAGCAGCAGCAGAGGAAGUUUCGCGGAUGGUCCAAGAUGGGUUCAUUCUUCGGUUCGUCCAAUUCCAACUCAUCCGCUGAAGCCUCCCGCCGGGGCUCCGCUGCAGGUUCGUCAGCGCAGGUUCGGGAAGCAAACGUGGCCCCAUCACUGCUACGAACCGUGUCGCUACCCAAUCGCGCUGCUGCGUUGAAAGCACAGCAACAGCAGCAGCAGCAGCAGCAGCAGCAGCAGCAGCAGAUGCAAAGGACGGUGCGAUCGGCAGAGGAGGAGGAGAGAGAGAGACAGCGGCAGAUUGAAAUGUUCGGCACCGUUCUCGCUGACGACGUGCCGCUCCCCCCGCCGGGAUUCGAGUACGACCCCGACCUCUCCCCUGACCGCCCUUCCUUUCCUCCGCCCGCCGCAUCAUCGCCUCCGUCGCCGCCGUCGCCGCCUGAAGCGGCGGUGGAUCAGGAGUACGGGGGGAGACAGGGCGCAGAUUACGAGGCCAGCAGUAGCGACUGGGAGGGCGGUCGCUCUGCGGCGAAUGGGGCAGCCGCAGGAGGAGGGGGAGGAGGGGCGGCGGAGUAUUGCCCGCGGGCAGUGCGCGAGUUUAGGCGCACGACGUCGUCGCCCGUGCCCAAGUGCCCGCCGGCUUCCGCGCCUGUGGGCGCGGCGGGCGCAAGAGAUCGGCGCCUGGCGGGGGAGUGUGGGGGGACGACCUUAAACGGGCCCUUCAGCAGCAGCGAGGGCGCCGGAAGCGGAGCGAGCAUGGGCGGCGGCAGCACUGCGGGUGGCGCCAGGGCGGGCGACGAAGUGCGCGUUGGCGGUGGGGGCGCUGGGAUCGGCGGGGGCGCUGCGCCGGCUGUCCGCGCCAUGAGCGGCAGCACUGGCGCCGUCGGUAGUCUGUCCCGCGCGUCUGCGCCGUUCGUUGCGCCUCCCUCCGCCAGCAGCAAGCCGCCCGUGAGAGGCGGUGCGGGCGGUGGCAUGAGCAUCGGCGCCACCGGCAGCGUUGGCGUUGCUGUCACGUCCGCCCUGGGCCCCUUUGACAACUCCUUUCUUCCAAAGGCACCCGCAGCUCCACCACCACCCGCAGCAGGCCCGGCACGUGUGGAUGCUCGCAACCCUCGAAGGGGUCUGGUUCGGUCGGCCAGUGGAGUGGAGGCGAGGCACCGGCGCGAGCGGAGUGGAGGCGGCAGCAGCAGCGGCAGUGGGGGAGGCGCAGGCAUGGGGUGGCUGGCGGGCGGCAUGGGGGGGGGAGAGCAGGGGGAGCCGGGGGAGGAGAGGCGAAGUGAGGGCGGCAGGGCGUUCACGCGGUCGAGCAGCGGCGUGGAGGCGCGGCACAGGAGGCAGCGCAGCAGCGGCGCUGGCAGCACGGGCGGUGCGGCCGGCAUUCUCGGCUCGCUGCUGUCGCGCCCGGGUGCAGUUGAGGGGGGUGCAGCGGGCGACAGGGAUGGUGGUGAGAGCAAGGCGAGCAGCAAGGGGGGGGCCUUUGGGUUGGUGCGCAUGGCAACGAUGGAGAAGCGGCGCGCCAAAGGCCGCAGCAACUCCGUGGUGGAUGACAGGCUGGCUGCCAGCCCCUUCCAGGACCUCUCCUGGGAUUAG